AUGAUAUCUAGAGAGGAUUGGUCUUUUUGUGGUCGUGGGUCAGGUUUAUUGGUGCAAGAAAUGGGACGUGCAAAGAUUGUAAUUGUGCUUGCUAAGGGAGUUCAGUCUGAUUCAGAUAAUGAGAAUGAGUCCCCCGUGCCAUAUUUAUCAAACCAAGAAACGCUAAUAGAAGUGUUUUUGGUGUUUUCUCUUGUCUUGUCUGAGGUUGUUGCAAUAAAAGAUUCAGUUGCUAAUGAUCAGACUGUGGAUAAAAACGAGGUGGAAGAAGAAAGUGAGAUAGGGUGGCAACCAUGGAGUACAUGGAGCACAUGCUCGAGAAGUUGCAGUGGGGGUGUCACGUACCAGUUAAGAAAAUGUCAAAACAAGGAGGGUUGCAAAGGAGAAGCAGCAAGAUACAGAAUUUGCAAUAUGCAGCAAUGUGAUGACCUUCGAGAUUUCCGGGCUUCUCAGUGUACAUCCUACAACAAAGUACCGUACAGGGGUCGCCUGUAUGAAUGGCUUCCUUACCAGGAUCCUGAAGAUCCAUGCAGUCUCACCUGUACCGCCAAAAGUCAUAGUUUCGUCGCCAAAUUGGCUGAUAAAAUUAAAGAUGGCACCAGGUGCAGGGAUGGAUCGUUGCACAUGUGUGUGGAUGGCAAAUGUUUGCCUGUGGGAUGUGAUCUUACUCUAGGAUCGGACAGAAAGGUAGAUGAGUGUGGUGUAUGCGGGGGUGACGGAUCCACCUGUCGGCGCCCUGUUUAUGUGUGGGGCAAAACACCUUUCUCGCCCUGUUCUGUGUCAUGCGGUGGGGGAGAAGUAUUUGUUGAUGUAUUGCCAGUGGGAUGUGAUCUAACUCUAGGAUCGGACAGAAAGGUAGAUGAGUGUGGUGUAUGCGGGGGUGACGGAUCCACCUGUCGGCGCCCUGUUUAUGUGUGGGGCAAAACACCUUUCUCGCCCUGUUCUGUGUCAUGCGGUGGGGGUUAUCAAAUGUCAAGACCUAUUUGUCUGAACAAGGCUAACGAAAAAGAAGUGGAUGAAUUGUUAUGCAACAGAAGUGAAAGGAAAGUACCAGAAAUCAAAGAAUGUAACCCGCAUAAAUGCCCGCCAGUGUGGGUCACAGAUAGUUGGAGUCCGUGUUCUGCCUCGUGUGGAGGAGGCCGCCAAUCUCGCCAAGUCCAUUGCGCUCAAAUGGGAACAGAGGGUUUGCGUAGUCCCGUUUCGGCUGAUCAGUGCCUUCGCCAAAAGCCUUUAACGGAGAGACCCUGCAAUUUAGUACCGUGCCCUCAAUGGAUAAAUGGCCCUUGGUCAGGAUGUUUUGUGACAUGUGGAAAGGGUCUGAAGAUCCGGUCGGUGAAAUGCGAGGACGCUAAAGGUCAGCACAGCGAAGAUUGUGAUAUCGAACACAUGCCUAAAACAAAACAGGAGUGUGAUAGCGGGCUUGUAUGUGGCAAAUCUGAGGACCCUGGUACUUAUCUAUUCUCUGACAUCUUUAAAGGAUCACAAGAAGAUUCUCCACCAAGACCACCUUAUUGGUCCUCAUCUUACUCUAAAAAAGCAUCCGACGUUUCAACAGAACCAAGUUAUGUUGUCGGCGAAUGGGGUCCCUGCAGUGUAUCCUGUGGUCAAGGUUUCCGAAAAAGAACAGUUGAUUGCAAAAUUUUCCUUGAAUUUUCAAAAACAGUCGCCAAAUUGCAGGAUUAUGAAUGUCCGGGCACAAAGCCACCUGGACUAGAAAGCUGCUAUCCGAGACCUUGUUCUUUUGAUUCAGUAAGGCCAGAGGAUCGAAAAAAACUUAAAGGCCACUAUGUUGGAAUAGAAGUAACAUAUUCUUGGCGAUCGAAUGGGUUCACACCAUGUAGUGCUUCAUGCCUAGGAGGUACUAGAGAAUCAGUUAUUCAGUGCAUCCGAGACCAUGAUCAAGCUGUAGUGAAAGCGACUCAGUGUGACAUUACAAAAAAACCAGACGCAAUAACACAAACCUGUAACGACCAUCCGUGCCCUCCCAAGUAUUUGUGCUCCAGAAGUUGUGGAGGAGGUGUAAAAAUACGUAAGAUACGUUGUAUGAAGGAAAAAGCCUUUGGACAAGUUGUAGAAUUAGCUCCAUCACAGUGCACCAAGCAUCGUCCAAAAACCCAAAAAACUUGCAACACUAAACCAUGUCCAGAGGGUGUAGACAUUGUUCCAUCUCACGGUAGCUACAUUCAACAACAUCCUCAGCGAAGAGUUUUUCUCAAAGUGGGUGGAAGAGCGGUUGUUUUUGCUGAAACGAACCUCAAAAUCCGAUGCCCCAGUAAAAAUGGCAACAAGACGAACAUUCAGUGGCUUAAGGAUGAUGCACAGAUUAAAUCUACCAAACGUUUAAAAGUGUCCAUGAAAGGGGCUCUGAGAAUCAGAAGGAUCAACCUAAAGGACAGUGGAAAAUACACGUGCUCAUCUGGAUCUUCAAAAGCAGAUAUAUUCAUCACAGUGAAGCCACUGCCACCUGGUGUCCCACGAAUCGAUGAAGACAGAACUGUUGAAAGCUUGCAACCGUCCACAGCAGGUCCUAAAGAUAGAACGAUGGAAGAAAGAUUCAGCCAUGAAAAAAGACCUCCGACAAACAGCAAUAAGAAUUAUCAUACAAUCGUAUCGAAUAAAAAUAAAGUUAUUCCAUCCAACAAAGGAGAAAUUGGCAACAGCGUUGAAGAUACUUUCGAAGACACACGAAAACAGUUUCAUUAUAAACCAAAUUCAAGAAACAAUCAAGACAGUCAUCAAGAUUUCAAUAAUAAGGCUAAGUACUCAUCUACGGAAAACUCUGGUAUUGAGGUCAGUACUACUGGAAGAGUGCCUCUUUAUAUGCAAGUUCGAAGCACCAGCAAACCUCUAAUAAAUCCAGCACCCACAGUGAAAGUUAUGGUUCGAUCCACUCAAUGUUUAGUAAGACUUAACAAUGUAUCUAAACCAGUGGACAGCACUUUGUGUGAAGACGCUGGACUUUUAACCCCGUCAACCAUUCAAAGUUGUGGGCAUGAAGACUGUCCUCAUUGGGAAACAGCACCAUGGUCACAGUGUUUAGAUUCCCAGUGCUUUACUUGGCACACGUCCUAUGAAAAGCGUGCCGUAUAUUGUCGUUCUGCGAACGGCACGGACCUUCCACUUUCCCAAUGCGAGGAGAAAACGCGACCGAGGCGGAAAAGAGAAUGCUACAACAGCAAAUGCAGAAGUACAUGGAAGGUUGGAGAAUGGUCCGAGACAACUGCACUGACCGUUCCAGUUACUGCAGCUUAG